AGAGGAACUGAAAAAGCCCCAGUUCUUGCUUGGGUGCUCCCGUGCAGAUCAUCCCAAGAGCUCGUGCCACAUCACUGGGGCAUCGGAACAAUGGCCCAUGGGCUUUCUGGGAAUCAAAGGCCGGCAAGUUCAAUCAUCGAACGAUACGUCAAUGCGAUGCGCUACACUUCUGCUUCCGCACAACGGGCUCUUGGUCAAUACCACAGGCGUGGUUCACCCAACAACCCAAGUACGAACUUCGCUAAGGCCAUCGCGCAUUGUGAAUAUUCCCUCUCCAAUGCAAGUGUCAGGCAAGCCACGACUAAUGGCUGAUCCGAGUCCAUCUUUCAGCAUGGCGCGCAGACCACGACACGAGCCCAUUACGAUCAGCAAAAAUGCCCUCAACCUGGACGAAAGGGUCCCUCGUCAUCGUCACUGCGAUCAAGAAAAAUCCGAACUUCGGCUCUCGCUAGCUCCUCUCAAUGCCGUCAGAAGAGCCGACAGUGGUCUAAAAUUAUUUAGCCGCAGAUCCCUUGCAUUGACGAUCUUGACGAUUCGGGGUUUACCAGUCCGGCAUACGAGUCCGGGGAAGCCAAGAUUAUUGCCAUCGUGGACCGAUCAACCGGCGCAUCAUUGUGUACAUGUUGAAGUCGGACAACGCCGCUUAGGCGGGCCCGGUACUUUGGAAGAUGAUGGAAGCAGUCCUUGUAUCAAUUGAUUCCAUUCGGACCACUUCGAGCUUGCGAUGCCACAGUCACGAGUACGCAAGGCCGAUCAGCUCUGGUGGAGAUGGUGCGGUGGCGCAGAAGGAAACAAAG